UUGUGUUGCACAGUCAGCAUAUCAGAUAAGAUUCUAAGUGGCUGCGGUUUUCGUGACGUCACUAUACUGCUGUGCUACGUAGGGUUUUCUAGUGAUACGUCACUAUCAACGAUCUUGUGGUAACCGCAUGCGGUUAGUUGCCACAAAUAUCGUGGCAAACCUUACACGAGUCUCUACACGGAGUUUGACCAGUCUACUGUUUGCCUGCAACAGUGACGGCUUGCGAGUCUAGGAAGGUUGUGCUGCAAUGGAGACUCAAAGUGUUCAGCUUCUGUUGCUGUUGUGUGCUGUGUCCACCUGCUGGGGACAAGUCUACCUGACUCUGGGAUCUGGUCCUAGGAUCACUACUGACAAUACUGAGAUCCUUAUCACUGACAUUGGAGAGGAUGGUGGUCUCCCUUCUCUCACCUGUCACACUGACCUCACUACCUGCUGUAGAAGUAAAGCUGACAACAAUGGUAUGGGAACACUGGGACAAUGGACGUAUCCUGAUGGGAGUGUGGUACUGCAAGAAGGUGGCUCAGCGACUGCUGGACAACAGUUCUACAUUCUAAGGGGGGCACCUCAGGUCAUCAGACUGGCUCGUAGAGAGGCUACCAACCCCGUCCCUCCAACCGGGUCCUACUGUUGUACUGUACCAACUACUGGAGGAGAUAUGACCCUCUGUGCUAACCUGGUUGCACCUAAUUCAGUCACAUGUUCUGAUAAUCUCCCAACCAUCUCUAAUGGAGCCAUAACCUAUACUGGUGGGUCCACUAACAACAGACCAGUGGGUGCUACAGCCAGUUACACCUGCUUCCUUCCCUACACUCUGGUUGGAGUGUCAGUGAGGACUUGUGGGAGUGAUGGAGAGUGGAGCUCAACACCAGCUCCAGUGUGUCAGAUGAUAACCUGCUUUGACCUACCCUCACUGACAAAUGGGAUCAUCAACUAUGGUGGUGCUGGAUCCCCUGGCAGCAGACCAGUGGACACUGUGGCCACCUACACCUGUAACCCUGGCUACACUCUCAAUGGAGACACCACCAGGACUUGUGGGAGUGAUGGACUGUGGAGUGGGUCAGCUCCAGUUUGUCAGCCUGACUGCCCUGACUUACUCUCACUGGCCAAUGGGAUGAUUAUGUACAGUGCUGGAUCCCCUGGCAACAUACCUUUCUCCUCUAGUGCUGUGCACUCCUGUAACACUGGCUACACUCUCACUGGAGGUACCACCAGGAUCUGUGUGAGUGGAGGGAGCUGGAGUGGGUCACCUCCAACUUGUCAAGUGAACACAGGACCCACUGAACCACCCACCACCUGCUCUGACCUCACUGUACCAGCCAAUGGAAUGAUCAGCUACAAUAUGGGGACUGCUAGUCUGAGACCAGUGAACACUGUGGCCACCUACACCUGUAACCCUGGCUUCACUCUCAAUGGAGGCAGCACCAGGACUUGUGGGAGUGGAGGGAGCUGGAGUGGGUCAGCUCCAAAUUGUGUAGUGGACAUAGGACCCACUGAUCCUCCACCCACUACAUGCCCUGUACUGAUUGCUCCGUCCAAUGGAAUGAUUCGCUACAAUAUGGGGACAAGACCAGUGGACACUGUGGCCACCUACACCUGUGUCACUGGCUACACUCUCAAUGGAGGCACCACCAGGACUUGUGGAAGUGAUGGAAUGUGGAGUGGCUUACCUCCAGUGUGUCAAUCCACCUGUCCUGACCUCACUCUACCAACCAAUGGAGUGAUCAUCUACAGCUCUAGUACCUCACCACACCCUAAGGGAACAGUGGCUACACAGAUCUGCUUGAAUGGAUACGUACCCUCCGCUACCAGCACUGCUACCAGAGUGUGUGGAGCUGACAGAUUGUGGAGUGGAUCAGCUCUCACUUGUCAAUUACCGCCUGUCUACGUCUCCAUAGGAACCACCAACUAUGCUGUUAUGAACUCACAGGUUGCCAUAGACACCAUCGGAGAUACCACUGAGACAGCAUUGACUUGCAGAACUGACUCAACUAUUUGCUGUACAGGACGAGAUAAUCCCAAUAGUGCCAAUGGAUUAGGAUAUUGGCUGUUUCCGAAUGGAACAGUUGUCACAAGGAGUCUGGACAUUACUGAUUCAGACACUGAUCUACUGUACAGUGUCGGAGAUACAGGUGCACUCAGACUCCAUCGUCGAGGGUCUGUGUCAGGCCCCACUGGCUCCUACUGCUGUGUGAUUCCUGAUAAUACUGUGAUCAUCCAAGCCUUCUGUGUGCAGUUAGCCUCUACUGAUGAGAGCUCUGUGGGUGCUCAGAGUGACAACACUGGUGCUGUGGUGGGAGGAGUGGUGGCCCUGGUAGCAAUGGUGGUGAUUGCAGUGACUGUAGUGAUGGUGACGUACCUAGUGCUCCGGUACAAGAGAGGAGGGAAAAUAACUGCUCCUCGAGAUAUUUCACUUACUGACCAGGGUCAAAGUGCAGCCGCUACCUACGAGACAGUCCCUGCCACUUAUGAGGAGAUCCCAGGCUCCAGAGAGGUCAAAGGUGACUACAGCUACACACAGAACAAUGCCUACUCGACUGUGAGUGGGCGUGAGGCUCCUGCUGCUGGAGGAAUAUACGAUAACUGAACUAUCACAUGACUCAAGUAGAAAAUGAUUAUUUAAUUUUUAGCUUGUGCAGAGCAUGCAGAUAGAUCUAUACGUACUUUAUCAACCCCUUUUCUUCUCACAAUGUGUUUCGCCUCAAAAAUUGAGUACAACCAGGAGUUCUUAAGAUUAAUGAACUUCUGGUACAACAGA